GGCCGCUGCGGCGGCGGCGGCGCCAGUGCGUCCGCCGGUGACUCUGGGGCGGGGCUGUGGGGAGGGCGCGGACUGACAGAUGGACUCCGGCGGAAUGGGGGGUGUGGCUGCUCCGCCAGGGUCCCCCGGGUGGGAGAGCGGCUCCGCGGCCAUCGGUGCCCGGACCCCCUCUGCCUUCUGCUAGACAUGCUCUUCCUCUCGUUUCAUGCAGGCUCCUGGGAAAGCUGGUGCUGCUGCUGCCUGAUUCCCGCCGACAGACCUUGGGACCGGGGCCGGCGCUGGCUGCUGGAGAUGGCGGACACGAGAUCCGUGCAUGAGACCAGGUUUGAGGCAGCGGUGAAGGUGAUCCAGAGUUUGCCGAAGAAUGGUUCAUUCCAGCCAACAAAUGAAAUGAUGCUUAAAUUUUAUAGCUUCUAUAAGCAGGCAACUGAAGGACCCUGUAAACUUUCAAGGCCUGGAUUCUGGGAUCCUAUUGGAAGAUAUAAAUGGGAUGCUUGGAGUUCACUGGGUGAUAUGACCAAAGAGGAAGCCAUGAUUGCAUAUGUUGAAGAAAUGAAAAAGAUUAUUGAAACUAUGCCAAUGACUGAGAAAGUUGAAGAAUUGUUGCGUGUCAUAGGUCCAUUUUAUGAAAUUGUCGAGGACAAGAAGAGUAGCAGGAGUUCUGAUGUAACUUCAGAUCUUGGUAAUGUUCUCACUUCUACUCCAAAUGCCAAAACUGUUAAUGGUAAAGCUGAAAGCAGUGACAGUGGAGCUGAAUCUGAGGAAGAAGAGGCCCACGAAGAAGUGAAAGGGGCAGAACAAAGUGAUAAUGAUAAGAAAAUGAUGAAGAAGUCAGCAGACCAUAAGAAUUUGGAAAUCAUUGUCACUAAUGGCUAUGAUAAAGAUGGCUUUGUUCAGGAUAUGCAGAAUGACAUUCAUGCCAGUUCUUCCCUGAAUGACAGAAACACUGAAGAAGUAAAGCCUAUUGAUGAAAACUUGGGGCAAACUGGAAAAACUGAUGUUUGCAUUCACCAAGAUCUAAAUGAUGAUCAUGUUGAAGAUAUUACAGGAAUUCAGCAUUUGACAAGUGAUUCAGACAGUGAAGUUUACUGUGAUUCUAUGGAACAAUUUGGACAAGAAGAGUCUUUAGACAGCUUUACAUCCAACAAUGGACCAUUUCAAUAUUACUUGGGUGGUCAUUCCAGUCAACCCAUGGAAAAUUCUGGAUUUUGUGAAAAUGUUCAAGUAAUUCCUGGAAAUGGCAACAUUGGGAAUAUGCAGGUGGUUGCAGUUGAAGGAAAAGGUGAAGUCAAGCAUGGAGGAGAAGAUGGUAGGAAUAACAGUGGAGCGCCACACCGGGAGAAGCGAAGCGGCGAAAAUGACGAAUUCUCUAAUGUCAGAAGAGGAAGAGGACAUAGGAUGCAACACUUGAGUGAAGGAGCCAAGGGUCGGCAGGUGGGAAGUGGAGGUGAUGGGGAGCGCUGGGGCUCCAACAGAGGGUCCCAAGGCAGCCUCAAUGAGCAGAUCGCCCUCGUGCUGAUGAGAUUGCAGGAGGACAUGCAGAACGUCCUUCAGAGACUGCAGAAACUGGAAACACUGACUGCUUCACAGGCAAAAUCAUCAAUAUCAACAUUGCAGACUACUAGUCAGCCCACGUCACAGAGACCAUCUUGGUGGCCCUUCGAGAUGUCUCCUGGUGUGUUAACUUUUGCCAUCAUAUGGCCUUUUAUUGCACAAUGGUUGGUGUAUUUAUACUAUCAAAGAAGGAGAAGAAAACUGAACUGAGGAAAAUGGUACUUUCCUCAAGAAGACUACUGGAACUGGAUGACCUCAGAAUGAGCUGGAUUAUGGUGUUCACAAGAAAAUCUCAGUUUGUGAUGAUUACAUUGCUUUUUGUUGUCUAGUAGUUUGGUUUGUGUACAUAUAUACACAUACAUAUUUUGCACUACACAAAUGAUAACAUUUUAAGGACUAAUAUUGCUGAUACUUGAAUAAUCAAUCUCUAUUAGGUUAUAAGUAGCAUACAUAAAUUCACCCUGUCCUUGAACUUGAAGGACAUUAUUAAUUAUCAUUUGGUAACAUGUUUACCUGAUUAUCUUCCAUAGAGUAAUAUAAGCUGCUUUCAAAGGUACCAUUGUGAUAAUGAGAUCAGGUUUAUAAGUGAGUAUUUUUAAUUUUCUAAAUUAAAUACAAGAAAGAAUGCAAACCAGGAGUGAAUUUCAAGUGAGAUGUAAUUGACUUUAUAUCUUAGUCACUGAGUUGCCAUGCCACAUAAUAGAAAACCGCAGGAAGAAUUGUUAUAUUCGCUUUGUGGGCUGCCCAUAAUCUUUCUCGGGCAUUCACAACUCUUAAGUUUGGUGUUCAGGCAGCAUUAUUAAAAAGUGGAGUCCUA